AUGGCUCCGCUGGAGCUAGAGCCGCGUCACAAGAACCCGCUACAGCAGCACCGCAAGUCUAUCCGCGUGUCUGUGUGCGAGAAGGGCGGCAGUAGGGCUAUCUGCUCCAUGUCUCUGUCCGACACGGCGCUAGCAGAGAGCAAGCUGUUGGCGGACUCGCUGUCGGACCACUGGAACGACCUCGUCGCCACCUCCAUCAGCUCCAGCAACGCCUCGCCCGCUCUCGCUCCCCUGCAUUCCUCCGCCUCUGCCAAGCCGUCCGCGGCGUCUGGCUCGGUCGCCGGCAGCGUGUCUAGCGGCAGCGGCACGCCGGCGGAGGAGCCGCAUGUUCAGCUCAUGGUCAGCGAUUACGUCGCGGACGUCAGCUCGUACGAAGCCACGCUACGACUAUUGGACGGGAAGGACCCUAAAGCGGAAAUAACGAGCGUCAGCAAGGCUCUCAAAAUUCUCCAGGUAGCCGCGGACCUGCAAUUCGAUGACGGUAUUAACGCGUGCCUGCGAUACCUGGAGGCCGUACCGUGGUCCACAGACGAGGAGGUUGAGGUAGUUAAUGUCCUCGCCCGCCUCGGCAUGGACCAAACCAAGGGCGGACUACGUGUUCUCGCGCGUCUCGGACCAACAAGCGCCGAAGCGGUCUAUAACGUUCUCAAGAAGCUCGUGUCUCAGGCCGUGGCGCGCGCGGACGCAGUGCCUCCAGCAGACCCGCAGUCGAAGGCCAUGUGGCGCGCUUCCGUGGAAAAGCUCUUCACGAGCGGCUCGCUGCGCGCUGAAGUGCGGAAGCGCGUGCUAUUCGAGCAGCUGGACGAGUUGAUAGAUCGCGUUCAGGCGUGCGUGGUGGAGGAGGCGGCGGGGGGAGGCGGCGUGAUGCACUUCGUGGACAUGGCGGCCGAGUCGUCCAAGGAGCUCGCCGCGAAGUUCGCAGUUGAAAUGGACAACGUGGCGUGGCUCAUGGGCACCAUGGUGGACCGGUUAGGGUUUGCGGAGUACAUAAUUAAGUGGCUCAGCGAGGACCAAGGCUUCGUGAGACACGUCGAGUACUUCACUCAUAGAGAUAAUCGCGCGGAAGCCGCCAUGUACGAUCCGUUGCUCCCUAUCAUUCUGCGGCUACUAACCCUGAUGGUGGGAGGGCACGCCAUCAUCCCCACGAACACUCGGGCGGCGCUUGUGAAGCUGUGGCUGCCCGUGCUGACCACCAUUCCCCGCCUGCCGGCCGUGUUCUCGCGCGAGCGGGGGCGGCUGCUGGGCGAGAUGCUGGGGCAGGUGAUUCUGACGCUGCCGUCGGCGCAGCAGGAGGAGGUGAUGGACCUGUGGCUCUCGCACUGCGGCGGCCGCUACAACGCCUGGCUUGACAUGGCCGCCUUCCUUGAACAGUGGCUUGAGCGAGCCGCACGCAAGAUCAGGGACUGA